ACGUCAGCGGCUCCUUGUUGCUGUGCAGAUCGCCCAACAUCGGGUCACUGAAAGACAGCAGCAGCGCUUGCUCGCACAGCUGAUAGGAUUAGGAGCAGAGUGCUUUGUCAACCCUGACGGAGCACAGCAGCGCAGCCCCAGCACGCAGGUGCCUCCUCCUGGAAGGCGGCGGCGGCGGCAGCGACGGCGCGGAGAGCCGGCAGGCAGAGGCGAGAUGGGGCCCCUCCGAGAGAGCAAGAAGGAGCAGAGGGUGCAGCACCACGAGAAGGAGGUUUCCAGGAGCCGGAUUCCACGCUUGAUUCUGCGGCCCCAUCUACCUCAGCAGCCGCAGCAGCAUAGCAAGGUUUCCCCAGCCUCCGAGUCGCCCUUUUCCGAGGAGGAAAGCCGAGAGUUCAACCUCAGCAGCUCUGGGCGCUCAGCAAGGACCAUCAGCAGUAACAGCUUCUGCUCAGAUGACACAGGGUGUCCCAGCAGCCAGUCGGUAUCCCCAGUGAAGACUCCCUCAGACACGGGGCACAGUCCCAUCGGCUUUUGCCCUGGGAGUGAUGAAGACUUUACCAGGAAGAAAUGCAGGACUGGAACGGUUCCCGAGGGAAGUGUCCAGUCAGCUCGUUAUAAGAAGGAACCAAAGGGAGGUGCCAUAAAGCCAGGCAGCGAAGCAGAUUUUAGCUCCUCCAGCAGCACAGGUAGCAUGUCGGCUCCCGAGGUCCACAUGUCCACCGCAGGAAGCAAGCGAUCGUCGUUCUCACGCAAUCACACUGGAAAUACAAUAACCAGUGCCAGGCUUAGAAGUGAAGCAGAGAGAAGAAAAUGCAAGCCAGAGUACAUGUUCCUUUCAGCUACUCAUGAAGUUCUUCCUACCCUUGGGCUGCUGAAGUGGGCUUGUCACCAAGCCAUCAGCCCAUCUGUUCCCUAUAAAAAUAUCUCCUUGGUUGUGAAGCAGAGUGAGUCGAUUCGGAUGAUUUCAAGAGGAAAGAACUUCCGAGGUCCCCAUGGGCGGAGCAAUGGAGCAUCUUCCCACAAGGCCGGCAGCAGCCCACCGUCGCCAAGGGAAAAGGACCUAGUGUCUAUCCUGUGCAGGAAUCCAUUGAGUCCCAAUAGCAUCCACCCCAGCUACGCCCCUUCUUCUCCAAGCAGCAGCAACUCGGGCUCCUACAAAGGAAGUGACUGUAGUCCAGUAAUGAGGCGGUCUGGAAGGUAUAUGUCCUGUGGAGAAAAUCACGGGGUCAAACCCCCCAACCCGGAACAGUACUUGACCCCUCUGCAGCAGAAGGAGGUCACAGUGAGGCACCUGAGGACCAAGCUGAAGGAGUCUGAGCGCCGACUUCAUGAGAGGGAAUCUGAAAUCGUGGAGCUCAAGUCUCAGCUGACUCGGAUGAGAGAAGACUGGAUUGAAGAAGAGUGCCACCGAGUGGAGGCCCAGUUGGCGCUCAAGGAAGCCAGGAAGGAGAUCAAACAGCUCAAACAGGUCAUUGACAGCAUGCGCAGCAGCCUGUCUGAUAAAGACAAAGGCAUUCAGAAGUACUUCGUGGACAUAAACAUCCAGAACAAGAAGCUGGAGUCUCUGCUGCAGAGCAUGGAGAUGGCGCACAACAGCGCCCUGAGGGAUGAGCUGUGUCCAGACUUCUCCUGUGAUUCCCCAGAGAAAAGCUUGCCCCUCAGCAGCCCCUUCGGCAAGAUGGUGGAUGGGCUCUCCCUGGAGGAACAGGUCACGGAGGAAGGGGCUGACACCGAGCUGCUCUUGGGAGACAGCAUGGCCGAGGGCGCAGAUACGUUGGAUGAGAUGGCCACCACCGCAGAAUCCGGUGAGCUGGAGUUUGUUCAUUCCACCCCGGGGACGCUGGCCCUCGAGGCUCUCCCCUUGGUGAGCCUGGUGGAGCAGGCGGUGCAGACCGACGUGGUGCCCUUCAGCCCGGCCAUCUCGGAGCUCAUUCAAAGCGUUCUGAGGCUGCAGGACUCCUGCGCCACCAGCUCGGCGUCCCCAGACGCAUCCGGAGCUGACUCAGUGGGAAGCUUCCCAGAAUCCAUCUCUGCCUUAAUGCUUGACUUGACUCCCACAAGCCCCAACUCAGCCAUCCUCCUGUCUCCCGUGGAGAUGCCAUUGGGCGAGGCAGCCAGGGAAGUGGGUACCAACCACCUCAUGAGCGAGCUCGACUUCGCGGCUCACUCGGAAGAGAGGCUGGACGGCGUCCUCCCGCUGUCUCCGGGGGGCGCUGUGAGACAGUACUGGAGCAGCAGUUUCUUGGUGGAUCUCCUGGCCGUGGCUGCCCCGGCGGUCCCCACAGUCGUGUGGGCGUUCAGUACUCAGAGAGGGGGUACAGAUCCCCUCUACAACAUCGGAGCCCUGCUCCGGGGCUGCUGCGUGGUGGCCCUCCACUCGCUGCGCCGCACAGCCUUCCACAUCAACACCUAAUUCGUCGUUACCUUUGUGUGCGUCCAUCUGUCCGUCCGUGCGGUGGUGGUAUGCCAGGUAGAGCAGCAGCAGGUGGGCCUGAGCGACUCUGCCAUCUGUCGCCUCGCUCCUCUCGCUAUUGGAUUUGCACUCUAGUCAGCUGAAGCCUGUUCGGGGUUUAAGAAGCAGAGGUUAUCUUCCCAAGGCAUGGAAACCUGGUUCUGGUAGACGGCCCCACCAGCGUGGUAUAGGAAGAAGCAUGCUUAACGCCCCUGCCGUGUCGUCUGACGUGCCCGUCCCUUAAGCAGCUUGCACUUUCAUCACAGCCUCUCCAAGGCUGGCAUGUUCUCUCCUUCGCUUUGUGCCAUCUCAGAGUGUGUGACUGUGACUGUCCCAGCAUUCCAGUGGUCUUGUGCAUAGCAGGGGCCUGUGACCAAAAAUCAAAGUGUGUUUGUGUGACUGGUUCAAAGAACACGUGAAUAGCUCUUUACCGUCUUUCUUGGGGUUAAGGUGUGAGUGUUUGCUUUUUUUUUUUUAUUAAAUGUAGCUCCAAAGUCUUUUAAAAGGCUCAUUUGCUCUUAAACCUGUCAGUUGAUGGAACUCUGUAAAUUUACGAUGUUACACUGUACUAACUUAUUUUUUGCUUAUUAUAUAUAUAUAUAGUGUUUUAUUGGGAAUUGUUUGUACCCACACAGGUCAGCAUGAAAAUAAAAAUUAGUGUUUCCAUUUAAA